AUGACAACUCCUUCAAUUCAGAAGGAUACUAUUAAUGCUUGUGCAACUGAGACAACUAAAGUAAUUAUGAAAGAACUUGAUGGUGAUUUUUUUACUAUUCUUGCUGAUGAGUCUGCGAAUAUAUCUGAUAAAGAACAAUUGGCUCUAUGUCUGCGAUAUGUUAAUAAAAGAGGUGAGGUAAUGGAGCGCUUUCUCGGUGUCGUACAUGUUACCAAUACCACAUCUUUGACUCUGAAAGAGGCAAUUGAGUCAUAUCUAAUGAAGCAUUCUCUCAGUUUUUCUAGAGUUCGAGGCCAAGGUUACGACGGUGCUAGCAAUAUAUUUCUUCGAAAAAAACAAGCUGAACGUGUGGUAGCAGCAUUAUCUUUAGGUGAACUUGAAUCUGGAACUGGCUUAAAUCAAGAGCUUAGUCUGAGUAGACCUGGUGAUACUCGUUGGGGUUCUCAUUUUAAAACAAUUUUGAAUGUGCUUAAUUUAUACCCAACAAUUCUUGAGUCACUUGAUGCCAUUGGAGAUGUUUCUGAUAGUGUUGACCGGAAUCGAGCUGAGUCACUUACACACUUGUUGAUGUCAUUUGAUUUUAUUUUUGUGGCACAUUUGAUGAAGAGUAUAUUUGCGAUUACAAAUGAGUUGAACCUAGCUUUACAAAGAAGUGAUCAAGAUAUAGUGAACGCAAUGAAAAUGGUUGACGUGACUAAGAUCAAUUUGCAGAACUUGAGAAAUGAUGGAUGGGAUAUUCACAUGAGCAAAGUCACUUUGUUUGCGAUUAAAUAUGGCAUUGAGACUCCUGAUAUGGAGGAAAAUUACAAGAACUUGAAAAUAGGUUCAAUGAGCUUAUCAGUUGUCGUUACGAUUGAGGAUACAACUGGUACUAUAAGCCUUUUGGUACGUGAUAAACAAAUCGAGUUUUUGUUUCGGACAACUCUGCCUAAAAUAAUGAAUCAUUAUGCGCAGGGUAGUAAGAUUCAAGCCAGCUGCCGCAAAGGACUAAUUAUGCAAUUUACGCCAAGUAUUAAAGAGGGUGAAUUUAAGCAAAUUUCGAAUUUUUUGGUUCGGGAUAAUGGUGCUUUGGAAAAGGCAACAAACCAUAAUUGUGUAAUAUCACUAAAUUAUGGAUCAAUAAUUGAGGAAUGUCAAGUUCUUGAUAUUCCAAAGUUUGGAUUCACUUUUCCUAAAUUUGAUGAUAUUAUAUCAAAGCAGUUACUGGAUAUGUAUUAUAUUGAUGUCAUUAGACAACUCAAUGGAUAUAGUGGUAUUACUGAGACGGCUAAAUCUAGAAUGAUGACUAUUGAGUUGGUUGAUACAUAG